AAAUGAAGUAACUCAUGGAGUAACUUCAAGAUUAGGGGGGGGGAAGAAAAAAUCCAGGUGAAACUGUGCUACUACUGAACACGUUUGUUGCAGAGGGGGGAAGAAGAGUUACGAAAAUUCGCUCCAGAGGCCUGAGUGCCAUGCCAGAGGGGUCCUGCAGUACUUUCCACCAGGACCCAAUGGGGGAAGAAUCUCCUCAGUUAUGCUCGCCCCUUUCCACCAGUGAACAUGACCAGACCGAGGUGGACCCGGGACUAUACUGCUACAGCCAGCUAUGUGUGGAGCCACUCGAUGGCGUGGGAGAGCGUCCAGUGAGUCUGGUGUCCACCCUGUCCUCUGGCUCAUCGCGGGAUAGCCACAGCAUUUAUGGGAGCACGGCGGCCUUCCCUUCCUCCAGCACCCCACCUGUACCUGGCGAGGAGGACAUAGACCUAGAGCUGACCCCAGCCGUGGGCGUAGGAGAGCCGGCAGGGGAGCACAGCCCCACGCUCAGAGUGUCCCGGGACCCGUGGCGGGAGCAGCAGGAGCCCCACGUGGUCAGCAACCAGCGGAACAACAACAACGCCACCGCCUCCAGCUGGAAGAGCCACACUCCAAGCUCACCUGUCGCCACACACGCCAUGGCGCCGAACCCAAAGCUCACAUACGUGGACCGUGUGGUCAUGGAGAUCAUUGAGACGGAGCGCAUGUACGUCAGAGACCUUCGCAGCAUUGUGGAGGACUAUUUGGCUCACAUCAUUGACACGGGCGACCUUCCCAUACAGCCGGAGCAGGUGUGCGCCCUCUUCGGCAACAUCGAGGACAUCUACGAGUUCAACAGUGAGCUGCUGCAGUCUUUGGAUAUGUGUGAGAAUGACCCGGUGGCUGUUGCCAAAUGCUUUGUAGACAAGAGUGAGUACUUUGAGAUCUACACACAGUAUUGCACCAACUAUCCCAACUCGGUGGCGGCGCUGACUGACUGCAUGAGGAGUAAAACCUUGGCCAAGUUCUUCAGGGAACGGCAGGCCGCUCUGAAGCGCUCCCUCCCUCUCGGCUCCUAUCUGCUCAAACCUGUCCAGAGGAUCCUGAAAUACCACCUGCUGCUCCAGGAAAUCGCAAAGCACUUUGACCCGGAGGAGGAUGGCUAUGAGAUGGUUCAGGAGGCCAUUGACACAAUGACUGGAGUGGCCUGGUACAUUAAUGACAUGAAGAGGAAACAUGAGCAUGCAGUCAGACUGCAGGAGAUCCAGUCGCUUCUGAUCAACUGGAAGGGUCCUGAUCUGACCACCUAUGGGGAGCUGGUGCUGGAGGGCACCUUUCACGUCCAGCGGGCCAAGAACACCCGCACGCUCUUCCUCUUCGAAAAGAUGCUCCUCAUUACCAAGAAGAGAGGAGACCACUACAUCUACAAGACCCACAUCUCGUGCUCCACCCUGAUGCUGCUGGAUGGUGCCAAGGACCCACUACUCUUCAGUGUCAUCCAUUUCAAGCAUCCCAAGCAACCCCAUACAGUGCAGGCCAAGUCAGUUGAAGAGAAGCGCCUGUGGGCCCAUCACAUUAAGAGGCUCAUUCUUGAAAACCAUCACACCAUUAUUCCACAGAAGGCAAAAGAUACCAUCCUGGAAAUGGAUUCCAACUAUCCGGGGAAAUACCGCUAUAGUCCAGAGAGGCUGAAGAAGGCAGAGUCGUGCCAAGCUGAGGACUUCCCCGUCGGUGGACGGAGUGGACGGAGGAGAUCAGAGCCUACGAAGCAAAUCAUAGGGACCGCAAAAGCUGUUUUGAAGCACGCAGACAGUGAGGGUGCACUUCAGGAGGACAGGUGUUCCUUUCAGCCUGCCUCUAGUGUCAGUACGCUGGCCUCCAGCGUAGGCAAGCCCCAGGCUAAGGGGCCUUGUGAGAAGGAGGAUUUUGGGGGUCUAAACCCCAGAAUUGACUCUAUGGAGCAGCAGAGUCCUUGUAACACUGACCCUAAGCUGGGCUCUCCUGCCUGUGAGGGUGGGCUGGAGAAGGCGGAUGAGGCAAUGGAAGAGGAGGGGGAGAGUUACAAGGAGGAUAUACUGAUGGGAGACGACCAGGAUUAUCAGGACAUAAAUGCUGCUGAAGUAGAGGCUUCAUUGAGAGAGGAUGUGCAAACCUCCACCCAGGAGGAGGAACCUAGUGAUAUGCCGGCAAAGAAAGCCCUCACCUCCCAGGUUAAUGUGGAGAAUGUGACCACUCUAGACUUUGCCCCGCAGGAGGAAAACAACAGGCAGCAGGAUAAGCAUCAUUCUCAAGAUGCUGACUGUCCUGCCUUAACCUUAGCGUCCCCCAGACCCCCGGAAACUGAAGAGAUGUCCUCAAGAACUGCCGUAGAAGAAGAGGAGGAACAAAAGAAUGACUCCUCUGGGCUUCAGGUGGAGGAGAUUAGCAUUCUGACAAAUGGGGAAUUCUCUGAAGAGGAAGAAGAAGUAGUGUCUGACAGUAAGAGCAUCCUGCCUUCAUCUGUGUUGGACCAGGCCAGUGUGAUUGCUGAGCAUUUCAGUAGCAGUCUGUCCAGGCGGAGUAGCCUUGUUUCAGAGGACCUGUGCUCCUUGGCCUGUCCAUCACCCCAACUCAGCAGCCCAGCUUUUGACAACCCUUCUAUCUGCUUGGAAGGCCAGGAGAACAUCCAGGUGUCUGACAACCCAUCCCCAGUGCCACAGCUACCCUCCGAGACUAUUAUCUCCACACCUGGCUAUGAAUUAGGACUGAAUCCCCUCACUGAAGUGGAGCACAGGUCUACCCUCUCUAAACAGGACCGCUUGCUUAUCCAUAAGGUCAGAAGGUACUAUGAGUAUGCUGAGCAUCAGGAUGCUAACUUCAGCAUCAAACGCAGGGAAAGUCUCUCCUAUAUUCCAGCAGGUCUGGUUAGGCAUCUUAGCAAACAACUUACAAAAAUUCCCAAAGACCAUGUUAUCCCGGUCCACAGGAAAGGAUCGUUUUAUAACCGGCCUACUUCCUGGUCUGUGUUUGACCUUCCGGGCUUAGAAAAUAAUCAGAGGGCAGAACCCUAUCAUAGACUUGAAAAACAGAGAUCAUUGGAAGCUAAGGCUUGCACUCAGAGUGUCAGUAAUGCCUCGACAGCAGAUGAAGUGUUCAGGCCUUCUUCAGAUAUGCUCAAGGUUUGGCAGGGCAUGGAGAUGGAUCUGCAUAGCAGCAGAGGGGAGAAACAGGAAGUCCUGCUGACUGGGGGUGGGAGCCAUGAUUCUAGAUUACACGUAACUCAAAAAGGACAGAUCAGCACAGACAUCUUACAUGUAAAAAACAAAGAACCUCUCAGGAUUUUGAAAGAGUCUGAUGUUGGCACUGUUGCAGAGGAGUCUUCCACCUCACCACCCAUCACAUCCUCUCUAGUGAAAGACGGGGAGUCCAUGCAGGACUCGCAGCUGACCAAGAUCCCUAAAAGGGGAAGAGUUGCCCGGGCACCUCGACCCAGGAUCAUCAGCCUCCGAUCGAGUAUGGAGGAGGACCAGAUCCUACAGGACAUGGGAAGGAUGAAGAACAAGGUUUUCCAGCUGGCACGUCAAUACAGCCAACGCAUCAAAAACAACAGACCAGUCAUCAGGCAGAGGAAUCAAGAGUCUGAAAAUCAUCAAAGUCCAAAGAUAAUAUCACCUGUUUAUGAGGAGAAAACACAAUGGCGGGACAAUGGUAAACCCAACCUGACAUUGCCCUUGAACGCUUAUGAUCAAGUGAGCAUCCAUGAACUCCAUUCCCCGAGCUCAGCCAACACCCCUAGCUCUGGAGCCACAUCCCCCUGUCCUGUGCUGACCCCCUGCCUCAACACCCCAGUUCAGUCAGAGAUCUUCCACUGGCCUGAUGUACAAGAGCUUCGCUCCAAAUACAACCACACUCGGCAGAACCGAGGGGCUCCCCACCACUCAAAGGUGGGCCGUAGUUGCUCAAUGCCAGAAAGGAUGCUUGAGUGCUGCACUGAGGGGUGGAAAUCUAAUAGCUACUCAACCGGCUGCAGUGGCUCUUCAGAACCUCUCAAAACUCUGACAGACUCUCCUCAUGUGCAGUCGGACACUGAACGACAGUAUUGGAGUCCUGUGGGAGAGGGCAGGCUUCUGCCCCAAUCUGAACCUCCAUCCCUGCUGUGCAGGUGGAGCUCCUUGGAUCAUGUGCUUGGACCUUUGCCUCUCCAUGAGGUGCAAAACCUUCAAGAACCGGUGAGAACUUGCUACAUAGCUGGUCAGGCCACCCUACCCAAUGAAAAUAAGGUCAUCAUAGUGGAAAGAAUUCCUGAAGCAAUGACAGGGAAUGAAGGGCAGCCAGCAGAGCAGCAACAAAUGCAGAGAGGUAAUGGGAAACUCAAAGACAGGGGCACCCUCUUCUACGAGGACCUAGACUGUGCCAAGAAGUCUGCUGCCUCAAGCUCAGGGAAAAAGACAGAGAGCAAUCUUGUGAAGAACUUAAGAGAGAAGUUCCAGAGUUUGAGCUCUAAUUCAUGAACACUUGACUUGUCUAAAAGUUCCUGAAUAUUAUCUUUGAAUAUGUUUUUAUUUCUUGACCACCAUGGGAUGACCAUGGAGAAGUUACUUCCCAGUAAUCUGCUCAAGUUUUCAGCAUUCAUCUUUUUUUAAAUUGUUUUUGUUCUUUUUGCCAGCACAAUCAUUUUUUUUAUAUCGAUGUAGUGGACACUGGGUGAUUGUUGAUAUUGUCACCACAAAUGUAAAUUUAAAGGGAUUUUAUUGGUCAUUGGUGAAGGUCAUGAGGGGAAAGCAUAUUGUCUUUGAAAACAUGUAAAUGCAAUAUUUGUACAUUGGGGUUUUGUCUACACUGUACAAUGCAAUGACUAUAUGAAAAUAUCUGUAUAUAGUUCCUUGUAUCAAUAGAAAGUAAUUAUGUUCUGUAUUGCAGUAGAUAUUUUGGCGGAAAUAGGAUCUAUUUUCUUUCCUGUAUUAUAAUGGGCUGUCUCUGUUUGUUAAUUUCAUCCUGGGCACUGCAAUCAUGUAAUCAUGUAAACUGUCAAGAGUUUGAGAGGAAAAUGACAAAUGAUAGACAGGAGCUAAACAAAUACUGGUUGGGGAUCUUUGAAAGUGAUUACUGAAGACCUAUAACAUUAAUAAGGCUCAUCAUAAUGUAACUUCAGACCAAAGAUUAUUUUCCCAUUGAUGGUUAUUUGGUUCUGUUCACUUUGGGUUUCAAAGAUAUUUGCCUCCCACAUCCAGCUGCUUCUCGUGACUUUGUUUUGAUACAUCACUGGAGCGUGUUUUCUAAUUUGUUGUAUAUUUUCUCACGUUAUUUAUGAAAUUGUAUAUUUGGAAAAAGGUGUCGCCCUAUAGAUACAGACCAAUAGCACCCCUCUGUCUUCCCAUUCCAGAAAACAAGAAGAAUAUUGUUUCAUACUUGAAAUUGCAUAUAUUUUCAAUAAUAAAAAAAAAACA